CAGACUAAGGGAAGUUUUAUAGUUGGACUGUAAAUAUGUCCAGUAAGUCUAUUCCUCUCCACCCUGGCAUAAUGGAUAAGUUGUAUCUGCUGCUACUGGUGUGCUUACAUUCAUUCUGGCCUCACUGCCAACCACUGGAUCAAGCAUCGCUGCGGUUCAUUGGGCUGGGAGACUGGGGAGGACUCCCGCUCUUCCCUUACUACACCCCUCAUGAGGAGGCCAUCGCUGAGGAGAUGUCCUGGGCGGCCCAGACCCUGGGACUGGACUUUGUCCUCAGUCUGGGAGACCACUUCUACUAUGGCGGAGUGAAGGACGUGGAUGACCCACGCUUCAAGCACACCUUCGAGCGUGUCUUCUCUCAACCAUCACUCGUUGACGUCCCAUGGUACCUUGUGGCGGGAAACCACGACCAUCUAAAAAAUGUGUCUGCUCAGAUUGCUUACUCCAACAGAUCGGAGAGAUGGAGGUUCCCUGAGUUGUACUAUGAGCUCCAGUUCAAGGUUCCCCAGAGUAACGUGUCAGUGACUGUCCUGAUGGUUGACACCGUAGUGCUAUGUGGGAACACCUAUGAGGGGACCCAGCCCAAAGGAGAAGAGGACCCGGAGGCUGCUGCCAAGCAGUUAGACUGGAUCAACUCCAGACUGGCAAAGAGCAAGUCAGAGUUCAUUGUGGUAGCUGGUCAUUAUCCUGUGUGGUCCAUUGGUGAUCACGGCCCCACUAAGUGUCUUGUGGAUAGACUACGGCCACUGCUGAAGAAGUAUGAUGUCACAGUCUAUCUGAGUGGUCAUGACCACAGUAUACAGUUUAUCAGAGAGGAUGAUGGGAGUUCUUAUGUGGUCAGCGGGAGCGGGGCUUUUACAGAAAUUUCCAUUCAUAACAUCAACAGCUUCCCGUCUUCAUGGCAACGGUUCUCCAACGCUGUCAAUCAUACAUCCGGUGGGUUCGCUUACUUUGAAGUCACAGAGAACAAUAUGACUGUCAGCUACAUCCAGACUGAUGGGAAAUGUGUUUACCAAACAGGACUGGCAAAACGCAAAGUCUGACACAGGCAACGGCAUCACGAGAUGUUCAUUGUUGACUUACUGCAGGCCUAAUAUGCUGACUGUUUCUAAGAGCAUACUGUAUCUUUAAGCAGUUUACAAAACUGAAAACAUCUCCUCAUUCUAGUUCAAUGAAUCUUAACUCUUUACUUUCCUUUUUGUUAAUAAUUGUCUUGGACUGUAACAAUUUUUUUUUAAAUAUGAUUUUCUCUGAAUUUUUAUGUUUUGAAUGUGUUCUAUUUUUCUUGAAAAUCCCCACCCCCAAAAUUGUGUGAAAUAAUUGUCAGUUGAGUGACCUGUAGGUGGUGCUGGUUAGACCUUUUUGCAGGAACUACACAAGACUGAUGUCUGCUGCGAUAACGCUCAAGUUGCGUAAUCUUUCUCACCAGACAUAGUCACAUUAACAUAACAUACACCCACUAUUCAACAAUGUCUCAUAUCAAAGAUAAACACAUUACCACAAAUUAAUGAUAAGACUUUAUUGUGAAAAUGCCAAUAAAAUCAAACAAGAGUACCAUAUUAGUACCAGA